AAAUACUUCGAUUAGGAUAACAUUUCCCUCAACGUUCUACAUUUUUCCGAUUCCCGAAGUUGCAAGAUUUCUAUUAAAGCAAGAUGGUCACCGCCGACGUAGAGGAAGAGCCUUUAUACUCAUAUUUCCUGGGCUGUAUGGGGGCUGCAGUAGCGAUUAUAUUCACAACCCUGGGAGCUGCUUACGGAACAUCGUUAUCCGGGGUUGGGAUCGCCACGAUGGCGGUGAACCGGCCGGAUAUGAUCAUGAAGGCCAUCAUUCCGGUCGUCAUGGCGGGGAUUAUCGCGAUCUAUGGCCUGGUGGUCUCGGUUCUCAUAGCCGGAUCGAUUGGCGAUGACUACACGAUGGACUCCGGCUAUGUGCAUCUGGGCGCCGGACUGUCCGUCGGACUGCCUGGACUCACGGCCGGAAUUGCCAUUGGAAUCGCUGGCGAUGCUGGAGUCCGGGGUACCGCCGAACAGCCACGCCUUUUCGUGGGCAUGGUCCUGAUCCUGAUCUUCGCCGAGGUCCUGGGUCUUUACGGUCUCAUCGUGGCCAUCUACCUGUACACGAAACUAUAAGUACCCUUAUGUAUUAAUUAAACACGCGCUUUUAAUAUGCAAUA